AGAUGGUGCUGCUGCUCUAAUUAAAAAACAUAAAAAAAGGGGAGGGGAAAGGGAAAUGUGAGUCAAAAGACAUUUGACCGCGCUUAUUUAGUUCAAUUCAUCAUGAGUGUUAGAGGAAGACCGUGUAAGACCAACAGUCCAGACUCUUCAGAACCUGAGACGAAGACUAGGCAGAAGCAGGCCCCUCAGCCAAGAUGUUCUGCAGCGGAGAAGACCAACGGAACCAGAAGAAGAGCAAACAAACAGGAUCAGCAAAAGGAAAAGCAGCAGGAGAAGUCAUGUGUGGAGAUGAGGGCAAAAAACGCAGACUGUGUCGCAGAGGAAGCGGGAAACCCUACAGCAGGCAGCGCGGUCCAAAUCUGUCAGGCCACAACUAAAACCACUAAAAAGUCUGCAAAGCCUAAGCAGGAAGACCAUAACUCUGUUGAAGGUAAAAAGAAGAGCCCGGAAAUGAAGAAACCCAACAGGAUCAAAAGCCCAGAAAGACCCAGAGAGGAAACCGUAAAAAAGAAGGGAGACUCCAUCCUCAAGGAAACCGUAAAAAAGAAGGACGACGUCAUCCUCAAGGAAACCCUGAAAAUCCUGAAGAUAAAAAUGGAAGAGAGAUCCAACGUGGCAAAAGAAAUCAAUGACAUAAAAAAGCACCUAACAAAUCAUUUAAAAGAGAAAACCCAGCUGUUUAAGGAAGUUCAGGAACCACUGAAUACCGGGAGCUACUAUGAAAACCUGAAGAUUUCUAAUCCUGACGAGUUCGACGUCAUGCUGCCCCUGCUGGUGGAAAGAGCCAAACCUGAACCGUUUAAGGAGGAUGGAGCCUUUUAUAAAGUGGCUCUACAACGUGAAAACAACCCGCUGAAGGACUUACAGAAGGAUGGCUUUCUACCUGCAAGCCAAAUACUGGCCGAGUUCAGGAAGGAGGUGAAGAAACUCCUGAAGAAUGUUGAAGAAUGGAAGAUGGUACAAGCCAAACCAGGCUGCCCUGCUGUGACCCUGACCAAAACAGUUGGGUCCAUCCCAGUUUCCCUUGACUUGGUCCUCUGCCUUCAGGUCAAAUCCAGCUGGCCGCCUUUCACUACUGACGGCUUUAAGAUAGAGGGGUGGCUUGGGGCAAAAACAAAACAGGAACACAAACGAAAACCCUAUUAUCUUGUCCCAAAAUAUGAAGGAAAGGGUUCUGUGGAACACAAUGGGGUUGCAAGUAAAGACGCCUGGCGGAUUUCCUUCUCACACAUCGAAAAAGAGAUCCUGAAGAACCACGGAUCGGCGAAGACAUGCUGCGAAAGAGGUGGAGAAAACUGCUGCAGGAAAGACUGUCUGAAGCUCCUGAAACAUCUUUUGCAUCUCCUGAAAGAGCACGACCCUUCCCUGAAGGAUGUCUGUUCCUAUCACGCCAAGACAACGCUACUGCACGCCUGCUGCGCCCGCAACAAAGACGACGACUGGAAAGCCUCAGAGCUCCUUGGCUGCUUUAAGCAACUCCUGCUGGACUUUCAAGGCCACCUGGAAGCUGGGAAGCUCCAGAACUUCUUUGUUCCCGGCCAAAACCUGCUUUCCGGCAUAACAAAGAAAACUUUAAAUGACCUUGCCAAGCAGAUAGAGGAGCAACUAUUGAACGGGUUUCCAAUUUUUGCCGCAGGGCUUUAAAUGAAGUCAAUCAAGUUUUGUUUUCAGCACUACAUUUAGUGUUCAAAGUUCAUGUAAACAUUUAAACAUGUAAAAGGAUAAAAUGAAAUAAAACUUUUGUGUAAAAGCUUUUCAUUGCUGUACAUUAAAAUUCAAAGUCCCACUCUGA